UACGUACGUAGUAGCUCGCACCCAUGCGCAUUCAUUUGAAGCCGCUUACGCCCAGAGAAACCCUGCAUGGCAUCAUCGGCAUCGGCACGGUUCAAUGCACCCUGAUCACUUUUCGAAAUCAGCCGGCUGUCCGGGCCCACCUCUCCGUCACCCCAUUCGACGCCAUGAGUGAGACCUUUGAGAUCACCCCAGGAAAGUGGACGCUUCUCCGCGCAACAGUGCCCCUAAGUGAAGGGAUCGCCUUAUUAGUUUACUAUGGAGCACUGGACCACCAUUCAUCGCGCUGCUACUGUAAGCUUGCCCACAGAAGCACCAUGGGGUUUCGUCCCCUGCUUGCGGACGAAUGGGCCGUGGUGCGCUCUAUAAGACCACCCGCCCUGCUCUUUGUCGUGCCCCGUGUCCCACUCCCCAUCGUCGACAUUUUUGCUCCGUACGUCGCUCCCCUUCUGACCACUUAUAUCCUUGGGCGAACAGAUAACUACACAUCACAAUGGCCACCGCACAUGGAACCGAGCACCCAGAGGUGACUGAGAAGCACGACGGCAUCACCGGCCCGCGCGCAUCGCAGGACCCUCAGGCGCCUCACUCGAACAAUUGGCACCAGCGCCGCGACCUCGCAUCAUGGGGUCAUGGCUACGCGCCUGCCGAGGGUGCCUCACUGCACCCUGGCGUGUUCAGGCCCUACGAGCACCGUAAAUUCGCCAACCCAGCCCCGCUUGGCUUGAGCGCUUUCGCCUUGACGACCUUUGUGCUCUCGGCCAUCAACAUGGAGGCGCGCUCCGUUACGGUCCCUUCUGUCGUCGUGCCUCUGGCCUUUGGAUAUGGUGGCCUGGUUCAGCUCCUCGCUGGCAUGUGGGAAAUGGCUGUUGGCAACACCUUUGGCGCCACUGCCUUGUCGUCCUAUGGUGGAUUUUGGAUCGCGUACGGCCUGCUCCUGACGCCCUCGCCAUGGGGCAUCCUGGAAGCAGACGGUCCUUACGAAGGUGACACCAGCUCUCCCGUUGGUUUCUUCCUGACCGGAUGGUUCAUUUUCACGACAAUUCUGCUCGUCUGCACUCUUCGCUCCACCGUCGCCUUCUUCUUGCUCUUCUUCACCCUCGACAUUGCCUUCUUGUGCCUGUCGGUGGAGAACUACGCCAGAGACAUGGGCAACGAGGUUGCUGCGACGAACUUGAAGAAGGCGGGUGGUUUCUUUGGCUUCUUGGCCGCUUUCCUGGCGUGGUACAAUGCUCUGGCCGGAAUCCAGGACAGCAGCAACUCGUUCUUCACCGUACCCGUCAUUCACUUCCCAUGGUCGGACAAGGGCCGCGAGCAGCGUGGCAAGAAGGAAAGCAUUGCCUAAGGAACUGGUUGUCCAAAGAGCUGAGGAAUAGCGUUAUGUGAUGAGUGCCAAUGGUUGCGAUGGGAGUGUGAUGAGUUUCAUUGUGGAGGAUAUAAUUACCGAUAUUCAGUGCAGCAGUUCAAUUGCACUAUCUUACCCUACACAGUGAAGUCCAAGAAGUGCAAUCGGGAGCAUGGACCCGCCGCUGUACCCCUUCAUCCAAGUUGGUCUCAAAAUCCGCCAAGGCCUGGGAAUAAAGGAGUGGCUCUCAUUGCCGACGGCCGGCUCCGCGAGCUUCCAAUGAU